AUGCAGUGGCAUCUGGGCCCGCACAUCACCGGAACCGCUGCCGAUGGUGUUCCGCGCUUGGCCUCCUCUUCCAAGGAUGGCACCGUGCGCAUUUGGGACACCGUGCGCGGGGUGACCUGCUUCUCGCUGGCUCAGCACACGGAUGCGGUCAGCUGCGUCCGCUGGGGCGGCGAGGGGCUCAUCUACACGGCCAGCCGUGACCGGACCAUCAAGGUGUGGGAUGCCAAGGAUGGCAAGAUCUGCCGGACUCUGCAGGGCCACGGCCACUGGGUCAACUCGCUGACCCUGCACACGGAUUACAUCCUGCGCACCGGGCCCUUCGACCACACCGGCAAGCGCCCCGCCUCAGAUGCCGAGGCCAAGGCCGUUGCCCUGAAGCGCUAUCAGGAGGUCCGCGGUGCGGGCGAGCGCAUGAUUUCCGGCUCGGACGACUUCACCCUGUUCCUGUGGGAUCCGUCGCGCGAGCGGAAGCCCAUCGCCCGGCUGACCGGUCACCAGCAGCUGGUCAACCAUGUUGUUUUCUCCCCCGACGGCCGGUGGAUCGCCAGUGCCUCCUUCGACAAGUCGGUCAAGCUGUGGGACGGCACCAACGGCAAGUUCGUCGGGAACUUCCGCGGUCACGUCCAGUCCGUCUACCAGGUGGCCUGGUCAUCGGACUCGCGCCUGCUCAUCAGCGCCAGCAAGGACUCCACGCUGAAGGUGUGGGACGUCCGCACGAAGAAGCUGCGCUUCGAAUUGCCCGGCCACGCGGACGAGGUGUACGCCGUCGACUGGAGCCCGGACGGGAAUAUGGUCGCCAGUGGCGGCAAGGACAAGGUCCUCAAGCUCUGGCGUGCCUAG